CCAAACAGCGACAUCCAUAUGAAUCUCGAGUGGGCCAUUGGAAAGAAGAACUGUGACCAAGCGAAGAAAUCAAAUUCCUCUAUAUGUGGGGAGAACAGCGAUUGUGUUGAUGGCAAGAGAAGUUCUGGUUAUCUCUGUAGAUGUGCUGAUGGGUAUAUAGGGAAUACUUAUCUCAAUGGUCCAGAAGGAUGCCAAGAUUUGGAAGAGUGCAAGCCUCUUCUCUUUUUAUCCUAUCCAUGUGUGCCAGGAGCUAUUUGUGAGAACAGAGUUCCAGGGUACUUGUGUCAUUGCCCAGCUGGGACCCGUGGCAAUGGUUUCAGAUACGGAAUUGCCUGCCACAAGAACUUUCCAAUGCGUGAAAUUAUCAUAGCGACCGUUUUGACCGCUGGGCUUCUGACACCAUGUUUGUAUUUGAUCAAAUUGGCUCAAAAGAAGAGAGACCUCAGAAAUCUCAACGCCAAAUACUUCCGUCAGAAUGGAGGCCUUCUGCUACAAAAAUAUUUCUCUCCAAGCAAAGGUGCAACUUUCAAACACAUCAAGAUCUUCUCUGCCUGUGAGCUCAAGAAAGCCACCAGCAACUACGAUAGAAACAGAAUUCUAGGAAGCGGUGGACAAGGCACUGUCUUCAUGGGAACCCAAGAAGAUGGAUUGAUCAUUGCAGUUAAAAAACCAGAAGAUGUGGCCCAAGGACAAGUUGAUCUGUUCAUAAACGGGCUCGUCAUCCUUAGCCAAAUCGAUCAUAAGAACAUUGUUAAGCUCUUGGGCUGUUGCUUGGAGACCCAAGUUCCAUUACUCAUCUAUGAAUUCAUCUCUGGAGGUACUUUAUACCAGAAACUCCAUGAUGAUCCCAACCUUACAACUCAGUUAUCAUGGAAGGACCGCCUCCGGAUAGCCCUUGAAAUUGCAGACGCUGUUUCUUACCUGCACAGUUGUGUUUCAAUGCCCAUUUUCCACGUCAAGUCAUCCAACAUACUAUUAGACGAGAACUUCACAGCCAAGCUCGCCGAUUUUGGAGUCUCUAGGCUUAUUCCAAUAGAUAAAAUCUGGGUGUCAACAACAGGGAAAGGGACUAUAGGAUACUUGGAUCUUGAAUACUUCAAAACUGGAAAAUUAACAGAGAAGAGCGACGUGUAUAGCUUCGGUGUGGUUCUGCUCGAGCUUUUGUCAGGAAGGAAGCCUGUCCAACAUGAAUAGACAUGAGACUAUAGUAGCCUGGUAAUGCAUUUCCUGUCUUAUGUGGAGGGAGGAAAUUUGCAUGAGGUUCUAGACAAAGGAAUUGUGA